CCGGGCCCAUCGCGGCAGACAUGGACUUGCAUUGUGAUUGUGCCGCCGAAACUCCGGCCGCGGAGCCGCCGUCGGGGAAGAUUAAUAAAGCUGCUUUCAAAUUAUUCAAGAAGAGGAAAUCAGGUGGCACCAUGCCCAGCAUAUUUGGGGUCAAAAACAAAGGGGAGGGGAAAGGCUCGGGUCCGACGGGCAUGGUGAGGAGCAGGACCCACGACGGACUAGCCGAGGUGGUGGUGCUGGAGAGCAGCAAAAAGGAGGAGCCGCGCGGAGCGGGCGACAGUGGCGGUGUCGGGGGUGGCCUGAAUGGGGGUCGGCCGAACCCCGGUCCCCCCAGAGCUGCCGUGACCGGCGUGGCCUCGCUGGCCAACAGCUCUGUGGCCAAGUCCCACAGCUUCUUCUCGCUUUUGAAGAAGAACGGCAGAGCCGAAAAUGGCAAAGGAGAUCAGGCAGAUGCAAGCAAGGCUGGCGGCAAACAAAAGAGAGGGCUGAAAGGGCUCUUCAGCAGUAUGCGCUGGCACAAGAAGGACAAGCGGGGCAAGGAGGAGGAAAAGGAGGAGCGCGCGGGGGGCCCGGGGAGCCUCAUCCUGCCGGGGUCGCUCACCGCCAGCUUGGAGUGCGUCAAGGAGGAAACGCCCCGACCCUCGUGCGAGCCGGAGGACCCCAGUAAGGACCCCCAGCGAGACCCUGCAGGCUGUGGAGAUAUUAUUGCAGACCAAGAGGAGGAGGCAGGUCCCAGCUGUGACAAGCAUGCCCCCGGGCCGGGAAAGCCAGUUCUUUCUAAAAAGAACCCCACGGUGGUGGCCUACCAAGGAGGAGGGGAGGAGAUGGCCAGCCCGGAUGAGGUGGAUGACACCUAUCUCCAGGAAUUCUGGGACAUGCUUUCCCAGACCGAAGACCAAGGACAAAGGCCCCAAGAGGGAGAGGGUAAGGCAGCGGCAGCUCUGGAAACUAAGGUGGUACCUGAGACCUCCAAAGACGCCAGGUGUGCCGAAGCAGCAAAAGACAAAUCCUCGGCCAAGCGCAGGAGGCUUAACCGUGUUCCCAUGGAGCUCCAGGCGAAGGAGGAGCCCAAGCACCCAGAGGAGCAGCAGGAAGGGGUCCCCAACAGUGACGAGGGUUACUGGGAUUCCACCACUCCAGGCCCAGAGGAGGAGGGCACGAGCACCAGCAAAAAGACCUCCAUCCCCCGGGAUAGCUGCAGUGGCGAUGCGCUCUACGAUCUCUACGCUGAUUCUGAUGCAUGCCCAGCAGCCCCUCCAGCCCCCGAGGAGACGUCCUGCUUGUCCAGGUUAAAGCCCGUGUCUCCAGUCACCAUUACCUGUCCUCUGCGAACCCCAGGCAGUUUGCUGAAGGACUCUAAAAUUCCUAUAAGUAUCAAACACCUUGCAAACCUCCCAGCUAGCCAUCCUGUAGCAGCCCAGCAACCAGCCAGGAGUGAGAUGCCCAGAACAAAAAUCCCUGUUUCCAAAGUGCUGGUUCGACGGACACCUUCACUUGCCUUUGCAGAAAACAGAACCUAACCAAACAGAAGUAAGCAUCUUGCUGUGAUAUUUGGUUGUGCCAGGGUCCAGAGGCCUGGAGGAACCCCCGUGAGAACCAGAGGAAUCCUGUUCUACUGACACUUUCCUUCCUUCCUUCUUUUACUUUUUCUUUCCAGGAAAAAAAAAAAAAAAGACCCUAUGCUGUAUCACUGUUUGGAAAACACCUACAAAGCAGAAAGAGCCAGGUAUUUACCUGAUGGUAAGAAGGGAUCACUGAUUGGCAGAAUACUUGCCUACUUUUACUUGUUAAGUAUGCAAAUAGGUAAAUAUCUACCACCAGGACAAUACAGGAGAAUUUUUGCUUUGGUUGGUUUACAUCAUUUGCUUGGGAAUAAAUACAAAGCUCAGCAGAGCAGGUUUUUUCUUUUUCUUUUCCCAUCCAGUGCAGAAAUCAGGAUCAGGGCAAGAUUUCACAGAAGGCCAACUGUGUCUGUACUGUGUCUGUACACAGUAUUUUAGCAUUUAUAAACUGAAACCUUUUCUUGUGUAGAUAAUGCAUAAUUUACAGUUUAUCUAUCCAGCUGUUAACAUUUUAUAAUCUGUCAGUAACUUCAAGUUUAAAAUCUGGUUUUAUAACUAGAUACGAUGAUUGUCCCCAAACCAUUGGUGUUCUUUUAUGCACUGCAACGGAAGUAAUUCUGUUUUUAUUUUAUAUGGGUUCUCUGGUUCUCAGUGCAAAAAAAAAAAAAAAAUCUAUUGUGUUGAUGUCGCAGAGGAAUGGUUCGGCCUUGUCUUAGGUAAGAAUCUAUUUGCUUCAUACCCCAAACCCUGAUUUAUAGAGGUUUUACCUUGGUUACAAAAAUUUUGGAUUCAGUCAUUCCUCAUUCCAAAAUGAGGAACACAUAAAUAAACAGAAAAAUAUAGUUUUUCAUGUCAUUUGACUUUUGUUUUAUAGACUUAUGACUGAGAUGAGUAUGUUCAGAAUAUGACACUGGCAAGCCUAUGUAUCAUAAACCCUUUAUGCCAAGUUUUUUUAAUGAGAUUUUUUAAUAUGUAUGUUAUCUAUUAUCUUAGGUGAAAAUUUAUUUCAGAUUAUUACACAGAAAGGGUAAUCAUAAGCCUAGAUAGUUUGAAUGACACAUGGAAGCAGUUUCUACAAAGCUAUUAGCAUCUAAUGGUUAUAUAAUAUCCUUUUUGAAAUGCACUACAGUGUAUUUGAUCACAAGACCAUAGCUUUUACCAGAGGUGAUUCAUGGUAUCAGGAAGAGUAAACAUUUUCAAGUAAAGCUACACAUAUGUAAAUGAUGUAAACACUUCUAUAAAACUCACCUUCCAGAGAGAUUGCUUAAGUAAUGAACUGAUAUUACAUGCUUUUAAAGUUUGUUUUCUAUUUUAUAAAGGAAAGACUAAGGCAUGUUAAGUAUAUGAGAAACCGUGUUAAUAAUACAAAGGAAGUAACAAAAAAAAUGGACAUCAAAGAAAAACAAGUUUGAGGCAGUAGCACAAAGCAGGUUGUUUCACAUUUUCAAUUUGCAAUGACUCAAUUAGAAAAGGUGGUAGAGAUUCUUUUUAUUAGAGUACUGGCCUUUAUUGCAUAUGUCAGAUCCUUAACGUUAUUUCAAAAUAAUGUUUUAAUAUUUAAUCUUUUUAUAUGUAUAAAUGUCUGAGAUCCUAUACUCAGAGAUUGCCUUAAGCACUCUGAAUACACCACCAGGAUUCAUAAAGCAACUCACACACGUGCUCAUGCACUCAACUGUGCACAAACUAACAAAGGCGUCUACUGUAAACUAAAUGUAUUUUAGAAAUUAUUUCUGUCUCCAGAAAGAGAUUUAAAUUUGAUUUAAUACUGAUAGUACUAUUUACACUCAAAGUAUAUUCACUUCUCACUAGGGAAUGGAAAGAACUUAUUUUUUUUCCUACAUGUACAACAAAGGAUCUUUAUUUUCUUCUUGUGCAUUUUUCUUGCAAGGGUUAUAUUCUCCUCUGCAUGAAUUCAUGACAAAGUUAUAUUUGUUCAAUUGUACAGGAAAAUUAAGAAUACCUGACUUACCUAUGAGAAUAUUGUAAUAGUAAAGGGAAUCUAAUUAUCUAUUUUGUAAGCAAUGGAACAAACUAAUUUUGCUUUCAUAGUUUGGAAACUUAUUUCUGCGUUUUUA